AUGUCGUGCUCCAGCCUGUGCAUCCCUUCCUGUGGGGUGGCCGCCCCGGCCCCGCUGGCUGACACCGCCAACGAGCCCUGCGUGCGCCAGUGCCCCGACUCCACGGUGGUCAUCCAGCCCCCGGCCUCGGUGGUCACCUUCCCCGGGCCCAUCCUCAGCUCCUUCCCUCAGUACAGCGUUGUUGGCUCAGCGGGAGCCCCCGGUGUUGGAGGGGGUUACGGCGGCACUUUUGGAGGCCGUGGUGGUUUUGGAGGCUUUGGGGGCUAUGGGGUGUACGGAGGCCUUGGGGGCUCUGGGGGCUAUGGAGGCUGUGGGCUUUAUGGGGGCUGCCCUCCGUCUCCACAGGCGGCACCUCUUCUCUCCUCCCACCACACGCAGAACGAAGCUCCCAGCCCCUGCUCAGCCUGUGCCAAAGCAGCGACUCCAACUUGA